AUGGGGCUGCCCGUAUUCUCCUGGCUCCAGCGAGCUCUGCAACGUCUUUCCCGUGUCCCAGAGCAUCAGGCGAAGCAAGGUCAAGAUAUCGCGACUUCGACAGAUGACUUCCGCCGGACCAUGGGCGCCGGUAAAUGCACCGUGACCUGGUUCCUUUUCCGACUGAUAACUAGUGUUCAAUGCCGGCUAUGCGCUCAUGCUUUGUCGAACCAUGAGGACUUUGACUUCAUUGUUCCUCCACAAAAGGCAACGGCUCCCCAAACAUUUCAACAAAAUAUCCAACUACAGACUGUACCGGAGAGGGAUCUAGACAGUGAUCACGCUCAAUUAAACAACCCCGGACCCCCCGACAUAAAUUCGCUUGAAGACGAGUCUCCUCGGAUAUCUCGCGAUGUAACGGUAAGAGCCUUGUGGAAACGGGUGAAGGAGACUGGAGUCGUUCAUAUUCGUGGUACUCCAGCCAGCGGUAAAUCUAAUUUGGCUCGCCUCCUCCGCCGCCAUGUUGCGAAAAUAUCAGAAAUGCCGGUUAUUAGCCUAAGCUGGCCGAUGGACUUCCCCCAAAAUUUGCCUACAAACGCCAUGUACUACAAGCUAUUGAACGCCAUAACUGUGAGGCCUCUUGAUCUGGAUGAUUGGCUGGAAAAGCGCGUUCUCCUUAUUAUCGAUGAGGCGCAAGGCUCAUAUCCAUAUACAUCUUUCUGGAAUGACUUCAUAAAGUUCAUUUCACCCGGUCUUGGCCCUUGCGUCGCCAUGUUCUCAUCUUACGGUUCGCCGUCUGGCCGUCCACUUGACGAGCAAACGCCUACCCCCAUUCUACUUCUCCCAUCCCAACGAAUAUCACUUCUGCGUACCCCUAUUAAUCCUGACGUCGGAUUGUACUUUUCACUUGAGGAGUACCACAAUGUAGUCCGUGCUGUGUGCAAAUACUACGGACAGGACGGUCAGCAGUUCUUGCUCUGCGAAAACCUAAAAAUUUUCAUCUGGGAAAUUACUUGUGGGCAUCCGUCAGCUGUCAGGUCACUCCUUGAUGGAUUGGCUUGUGCUGAUGCUUUCCGCGAAUACCGCAAACAAUCCACUGAGAUCACUCUUGAAGCUGCCCGGGAAUUUCUCUCGGAUGAUGCGUCUUUUCUCAACUGUCUUGAGAACAGCAAAAUGCACGGCUUCUGUCGGGGACUACCAGCAAAAUAUAUGCUCCAAACAAACCCAUCUGUUUCCCAAUUCCUUCGUGAAAUCGUUGUGGAUUUAGUGUCAACUGAUGACCCCAAUUCGAAUCCUGCGCUUAAUACGUGUUAUCGCAAAGGAUGGCUUCAAGCUGAGCUCUUGGAAGAAAACAAGCCAAUCUACAUAUUCUCGACCGGUAUUCAUCGAAGAUAUAUUGAACAUCUCCUCUCCAUUGACACUCCACCUUUCCCCUUUCAUCUUUUCCCCACUAUUGAGGAUUUGAGUUUCGCCGCUAUCCGGGAAUUCAAGCCCGCUGGAUUAAGGGUAGAUGGCUCAGCUUUUACACCAGCUACCCGUCCCCUCGAAGCUACUUUCCAGAAUGAAUUCUACCGCGCUUUCUAUGAGCUCCUCGGGAAAAGAUUAUAUCUUUCUUCUGAAUGGACAGGGACAGCGAAGGGAGGGCGUGUGGAUUUUCAGGUCAGGGGGACUCGUUGGGCGAUCGAAAUACUACGCGAUGGGGACAAUAUCGAUGAACAUGUCGCCAGGUUCCAAACCGGGGGUAGAUACUUUCCUUGGCUCCAGGCCCAAGAGAUACAAGAGUACAUCAUUCUAGACUUCCGGAGGACGCAGCCACCCAAAAAGCCAAGCUAUAACCGCGUAUUCUAUGUUAUAUUUUCCGAAGACUAUACGAUGUGUCAGCUGUUUAACUCGAAACUGGAUCGUAUUGGGGAUUCUGUUGCGCUUCUGGCGUAA